GAAUCAGGACCUUGGUUUCAUUAUUUUGAAAUAACAAUAAUAUCAAAUCCUAACAAACGAGAUUCAACUAUAGCUAUUGGAGUAACCACUAAACCAUAUCCCAGCUUUAGAUUACCAGGGUGGAAUAAACAUUCUGCUGGAUAUCAUUCAGAUGAUGGUCAUAAAUUCAAUAAUGAUGGUCUUGGAGGACGAAGUUAUGGCGAAAGAUGGGGUGAUGUUGGUGACAUAAUUGGAUGUGGUUAUUACCCUGAUACAGGCAUUGUAUUCUUUACAAAAAAUGGUGAAUUUCAAGGUAAUGCAUUUUCAGGACUAAAACAUAUCUGGUUUCCAACCGUUGGAGCUGAUAAUAAAUGUAAAGUUGAAGUUAACUUUGGUGACGGAGAAAAAGAAUUUCGAUUUGUAGAAGCUAGAGGAAUGUGCGUUUCAGGACCAAGAAUCUAG